GUUAGUGCGUCAAAGUGUUUGAAUCUAUUUUUAAAAUAGGGAUUGAAAGUGCGUACAAGCGAAUGAACGAAACGUAUCGCGAGGAAGAAAAAGAGAAGAUACAUAGAUAGAGAUGGAGUAAGAAUUUCGAAGAGAGAAGAGGAACCACGGCGUGCUUCUGGGGUCGCUGGCACUACACAGUUUUGUGUUUCAUGUUCGAAUCGGGGUACUUGUAGAGGAUUUCUUUCAUCUCACUCUUCCAUCGAUCAGUUUUGAUGUAAUUGACAAUUUGAAAACAAUUAACUGCUGUUUUAUAUUGGAAACCAAUAGUGAACGAGUGUCUGUAUCUUAUUCAUCGUAAAUAGGAAAAACGUCAAGAAUAUUAAAAAGAAGGCAAGGGUUUCUUAAAAUCAAAUCGUGUCAUGUCUUCCUUCAGAAAUUAUGUUGACAUAGGAGCUUAUCAAUCUAAGAGUAACAAGCCCGCCAGUAAUUUUGGAAUGACCAUAUCGACCGAAAGGAAUUUGGAUAACUACGGAAGCAACAAUUCCAGUAUACAGCCAUUUGCAGUCGGUUCUGGUUUAGGUUUGAAAAUCUUUGAAAAGCCAAGAAGGACAUCAGUAGAUAAUCUGAGGCUAGAAAGAUAUACAGCUAGCGGAAGAGCAUCUAUCUUAGAAAAAUAUUCUAUCUCAGGCUUGAAAAGUUCUGGCACAUAUAUGUCAGAAAAAUAUGAAGCUGCGUCGUAUCCAGAAAAUAGCAGCAGGCCCGAAAAUACACCCCGCUAUGGUUCCAAAAUAUCGGAACAUUCUUCAGCCCUAGUUUCUUCAACACGCAGUUCGCCUAGGGAAAGAUUCACUAUUUCACCUAAAAGUAGCUCUGAGCGCAUUCGCAGUACUAUAGGCUACUCUAGAUUCAGAACAUUUCGAACCACCAAUAAUAAAUGUUUAUCUUCAUCGUACAAGGACAUAGUCAAAGGUCAAAAUAACAUCCAUGUAAACAAAGAGUCACACCAAGAGUUCUCAUAUAAACAUGCAAGAGACACAAAUUCGAAUAGGCUAAAAGAAAACAUCUGGAAUAGAAUAUCUGAAAAUAAUAAAAAUAAGUAUUCUAAAUUAGUUACCAGAAGUACAUCACCAACUCAACCAUCAUCUUUAUCUUGUGUCAGAUCUCGCAGACUGGAUGCAUUUGAAGUUAUUAAAAACGAUGUCCCAUUAUUUCGUAAGACGAUAAAGACAAAGGAUCAAGAAGUACAAGUUGAUCAAAAUGAGGAUUUAAGAUUUUCUGGGCUUUCGGGAUCUAGCAAGAUUUCCGGUACUCCGUGGGUCUCGUGUCUUGAGAAAUUCAAUUCUUCGUGUUCUUCUUCGGGCAUUUCCUAUUCAUCAAGAAAUGAUACGCCGCCUGGAGCAUUAAUAGCCUCUAGACUAAAUAAUUACGGAUUCUCCAGAUCUAAUGAAACACCAUCUUGUUCUACAAGCGAAAAUUUCCAGAAGGCAAUUUCCGAUUUGAGUUGCGAUAAUACAAUUUCUAGCAGCAUCAAUAGCCACAAUGUUAAACCACAACUCCAAAAUGCAAAUGAAACUCCCAAUUUUAAUAAUAGUCCUAUAAAAAAAAAAAUCGAAGCAGUAGAAGAAGAAAGUAAAAAAUGUAUUGUGACAUCAGAAGAGUCAUACCAGAGAGCACUUUCCAUUUCCACUGUAUCGAAAGAUGAAAUGAGGGGUAUAAGGCAAAAAAGUUUCUUAAAUGCGCGCGGAAGAACACCUGUAUCGAUAAAUGAGGUGGGUAUGAAAGAAAAAUCUGCUGGAAGAAGUUUUACAUAUAAAGAUUUCCAACAAUCGGUACUCAAUAUGGAAAAUUGUCAUUCUACUCAUUCCCAAAUGGAAAGAACGUAUAAAAAAAAGAACUGGAAAAGUAUGUCAGCUAGCCCUCAGGCUUCUCAGUCUGAAACAAACAUGAAAAAUUUUAAGCAAGCUAAUUCAUUCAGUUCCUGGACUUAUUUGAAAUUGAAUAGAUCAUAUUCAAAAGUAGAUGCACUUUCGAAUACUCGGAGAUAUAAAAUUAAAAAGCAUAGUUUGGAGGCUCUUUUUACACAGUUAGACUCGCAAAGUGUCGAACAAACGCCGGCUUUAAAAAGAUUCUCGAAUUCAGAAGAAAGCAGUAAAUUAAGUUUAUCUUAUUCAUCAAGUAGUGAGGAAGGAUGUCAUAUAUAUUCACAAGGGUCAAACUUGGGAAGCAGCGUAGUGGCUUCUUCGGCAGAAGAGUUAUGCCCGGAAAUUCAAGGAUCCUUUAUUCUUUCUUCUGGAUCAUGGCCAAGACAAGAUAGAACUGGGAACACAGAAAAAGAAAAAAAAUUUAUAGUAAAAACUUUAGUGCCAGCUACCACUAUUUUUAUAACCGAACAGCACGAUUUAGGGGAAAUAAGAUCUGGUGCUCAGGUAAACUCCAAAGAGAAAUAUUCUGAUUAUACAAAAAAACCUAAUGAAAAUGUAUUGCCAAAGACUGUGCAACGCUCUCUUUCUACGAGUUCGAGUUUUGGCAAUUACGAACAUAAUGUAGAAGUGAGAUGUAGAAAAUCAAGAACGAAGCAAUAUUCCUCGAGUGAGAAACCUUGGUGGAUGGAUCCGAAUUCUGAUAACGUGCCUGAAGGUGUAGAGAGAAAUAGUUUUAUCAAUGGCGAUAUAAGUCAGGAAACCACCGUCAGCACUAUUUUACCCGAUGACGGUAAAUUUCAAUCUAAAGUUUGGCGCCAAAAUUCCGAAGAAAAAACGUGGUGGCUGAAUGCAAGUGACAACAGUCUAGAAGAUGAGGUAAAGAAAGAAACAGUAUCAGAGUCGAUGUAUUCAAGGAAUGGAUCCAGUAAUGAAAGUGCCAGAUCUAGUUUUAAACGAAAUACAUUCAGACAACAGCAUUCCGGCGAACAAGCAUGGUGGAUGAGCUCCAAUCCUCAAGAUGUGCCUGAAGGAGUUGUUGUGAUACGAGCUUUACCUUGCAAUAGUAAAAACAUUGCUAUUUCGGAAACUUGUAACAACGAGGAAUGUUUCCCGAGAACAGUACGUACGAGCAAGCUCGCUGCAUCUGGUAAAAAGGCUUCCUCCAUGGAUCUUGACGUAAAUGAUACUAACGGAAUCAGAAAGCUUUCUAAAGGAACUUCUAAAAGUAGUACAGCCUCGUUUGACUCAAACGAGAAAAUUGUUAUUAGCGUUCCACUUAAAUCAAAUAGACACCAAAAGCUAAGACGUUCUCAAGAUCCUAUAGAAUUUCUGCACAUUUCUCCCGAUGAUGAGCCUUUUGGAGAUCAAAUCAAUCCAAAAAAAAUCGAAAAUCGUUCAGAUCCACUAGACAAUUACGACAUUCGUGCUUCUCAUUAUGCUGAAGACAAGUCCAGGAUAGAGCCAAGAAAAUUAUGUGCCUUCGGAAAGAGCUCCUGUGACCAUUCUCUCUUUAUUGGUAACCAUUCGAACAUUCAUGAUUUAUUAGGACCAGAGGCGAGUCCAUCACUAAGUGAUGUAAAAGUAUGCGUUCGUCAAGAACAAAACAUAGACGAAUCAUCUAGUGUUAGCAGCAAAUUUGAGGAAACAGAUUCAAGCCAAAUGAACAUUGAUGACAACAUCCCAAAGAAAAAUAUAGACAGACCUCAACCCGAUGGCUAUAUUCCGCUAACACGGCGAGGGAAAGAAACCUCUCGAAAUCUUCAGAUGUACAAACCCUUAAUGAAAUAAGCAUCGAAUAUGAUUUUUCGAAACCUAUUUUCAUUGUUAAGACAUUAGGUCACCAUGCCGAAUUACCACCAUUUACAGCAAAAUGCAUAAUGCAUAAAAAUAAUGUAAAAUUUGUAUAUGAAGGUGAGCCUGCAUCUACAA